GACGUCAGAGGUAUGCGACCAUAACACAGAUGGGGCUAACCAAAGAACCUACCUACCGUUACCAAGAAGAUACAACUGAACAACUUAUAUCCAAUAGUUUUGCAGUUGAUUAAACAUUUAAAUGAGGGCCUAGAUUAUUAUUCUAUAUUUAAGUAGCCACUCAAAGUAAUAACACGUUUCAUAAUAGCACAAACGUGCUAGUAGCACUAUUAGCAGUUAUCGUUAGCUUGCAUGUAGAGUAGCAUUUUGACCAGCUAGUUUAUUAACCUGUUGGCUCAGACCAUUUGCUCAAAACAAGCUCAGAGAACAGCACCCGGUAACUCAAAAGAAGAAAGGAUGCAUCGGUUGUAAUCUGAGGUAUUGGUGGUCUACUCGUGAUCGGACCACGGGAUGCCGUACCACUGUGUGGCUUAUGGAUGCGGCAAAACCGUAGAAGAUGGGGUGAGGCUGUUUAGAUUCCCCAAGGACCAUGAGGAGUUUCGCAAGUGGGAGAAGCAGGUCCAGCGCACACGCACCCAGUGGGUCGCCACACCUAACUCUCACCUCUGCAGAGAGCAUUUUGGCAAGGAGUACUUUGAGCCCAGACCACCAACAGCAGCUCUGACUCUGAAGCCUGGAGCUGUUCCGACUGUCUUUGUCCGUCCGCACUGUUUCUCCUGUGAUGGAGUGGGCUGCAGUAACUGCCUACCCGCCAUCCAAUGUCGAGGGAUUACUGCUGAACCAAAAGAGUGUGCCACAACUGCAGAAAAUAAUGAAACAGCAUCCAUACAGUUAGAUGAAACGGAUGGAGGAGGGUACAAAGAACAUCUGACAGGAGUAGGGAUGAAGCAGGGGGGGAAAAACAAAGAAGAACGACCAGUGGUUUGUGAGAUGUGUGGCACCACCGGCAGUUUUAGCACCUUCUUUUCGAAGACCAAGCGUUUCUGCAGUCUAUCCUGUUCACGUUCCUAUUCAUCAAACUCCAAGAAGUCCUCCAUACUGGCACGACUGCAGGGAAGGCCCCCCUCAAAAAAAGCCACAGUGCUGAACAAGGUGAACAAACUCCUUCCAGCCCCACCAGCACUGAAUGCAUCGGCUGCAGGUUUUGAAUGGGGCGCCUACCUGGAGAAGGAAAACUCUCUGGCUGCUUCAGUGUCCUGCUUCAGACAUGCUUCCCUGUGUGCCCAGUGGGACGACGUCACUCUGGGGAUGAAGGUGGAGGUCCUGAACACAAACGCAGUGCUGCCGAGUAAAGUCUACUGGAUUGCUACCGUCAUCCAGAUUGCUGGAUACAAAGCCCUGUUGAGAUAUGAAGGCUUUGAACACGACAGCAGCCGAGAUUUUUGGUGCAGCCUCGUAUCGGGGGAGGUGAACCCGAUUGGAUGGUGCGCUAUGACAAGCAAACUGCUGGUGCCACCACAAGAUGUGAAGCAGAACAUCCCAGAUUGGAAAGAGUAUCUGAUGGUGACGCUUGUGGGGGCCCACACUCUACCUGUUGACUUCUACAUGAAGUUGGCAGAGAGCAUGAGAAACUCUUUCAAAACGGGUAUGCGCGUGGAGGUGGUGGACCCCAACCACGUGAGUCGGACUCGCCUGGCCAUCGUAGAAUCCAGUACUGGCGGCCGUCUGCGGCUUGUGUACGAAGACCAAAUGGACGCCGCCGACAAUACACUCUCUGGUUUCUGGUGCCACAUGUGGAGUCCCCUCUUGCACCCAAUAGGCUGGUCCAAAAGAGUGGGUCAUGAUAUUAAAGCACCUGUAAAUGCUGUGCAAACUGCAGCCGGCAUCUGGAAGGGUACCUGCGAUGGCUCAUUCCUGCUCUUUAAGAAGCCCAGGUUUGUUUACAUGGAAGGAAGUUUCUUUGAGGAAGGAAUGAAGCUGGAGGCCAUUGACCCUCUUAACCUGGGAAGCAUCUGUGUGGCCACUGUACACAAGGUGCUGUUGGAUGGCUACCUGAUGGUGGGUAUCGAUGGCACCAUAUCGAACAACGGCUCGGAUUGGUUUUGUUACCACGCCUCAUCUCAUGCCAUCCUUCCUGUAGACUUCUGUAAAAAGAAUAACAUCACUCUCACAGUGCCUCAAGACUAUGACUAUCAGACCUUCACCUGGGAUAAAUACCUGAAGAAGACCAACGCUAAAGCUUCACCGGCACGACUGUUUAACGCCGACUACCCGGGCCACAGCUUCUCCCCCAACAUGAAGUUGGAGGCGGUGGACUUGAUGGAGCCGCGCCUGGUGUGCGUGGCCACCGUGAAGCGCUACGUGGGCCGCCUGCUGCUCAUCCACUUUGACGGUUGGGAGGAUGAGUUUGACCAGUGGAUCGACUACCAGUCCCCAGACAUCUACCCCGUUGGCUGGUGUGACCUCAUGUGCUACCAGCUCCAGCCUCCCCCAGGACUCGUUGAUUUGGAAAACCAGCCGGCACAGAAUAAGAAAUACAAGGCCCCUAUGCAUGGGAAAAGGAGAAAGAAAAAUGCAAAGAAGAGGCUCUCUCAGCACCAAGUUAAAGAUGAUGUUGGUCAGCAAUCUGAGGCCAGUAGCACUGCCGGUCCUCCAGUGCUAGAAGACCACAAUCGUCCUCCAAAAGUGUCUCUCAUCCAGCCCAAGACUGAGCCAGAGGAGCAGGAAAUCUUUGCAGUGCAGGUGAAAGUGGAGGAGAUGGAGAUGGAGACCCCCAUUGAACCUCCAGACAACCCUCAACAAGUCCCUCUUGGUAUAAUGAAACAGGAGAAGGGAGGGGAGCCGAGUAAGUCAGGACGACAUCAGUCACCAGAGCAGAGAAGCAUAGAAAACGUAGGAGAUGAAAAGCCCAUUGAACCGACAUCAGAAAGAAGUGAAGAGAGUGAAUCAUUGGAAGAGAGCUUUAGUGGUGAGAGCAACAUGGAGCAGAGCGAAAACAAGCGGAGCCAAGGAGAUGACGUUGAUAUUUUAGAGAGCAACACAGAGCAGGACACCACAGGGGAGGCUGCAGGAAUGGAGACAUGAGAUGAGUAUGUUGAAGAAUGAAGACGACAACCGGAUGAGUGAAGAGAUUGGGCUUCGACUGUAGAUCCAAUGAAUAGGUAUUGAUGGAAAAUACACUGGCCAUGAAUAGUAUUAGAAACAGUUUUUUUGUUUAAAUACUUAAUUGACCACUGUGUGUAGUUCACAAGGACCAGCGACCUCAUUUUCUGCAUGUUGAAGUUCUCACAUCAAACCUGUAAAUAUGAAUGUCGGGUUGGCAUAGCAGACAAAUAUUUGUUGUAAUGUUUUAUUGUUUCCUGUUUUAUAUCCAGAUGUUGUCUUUUUUGUUGUUAAUAUGAGAUAACUGAUAAAAAAGAAAAAACACUGUUCCUC